AUGGAGAUUGAUCUGUCCUUGAAAAUAGAGAAGGAAGAAGCAAAGGAUUCCAAGAUGCAAGAGCUUGAUGAUAAUCAAAAUGGGAAAGAAGCUUUGGAUUUUGCAGAUAAAGAAGAUGCAUCAAUGGCUGCCAUAGGUGAAGUUGAAGACGGUGCACCGUCGGAUAUCUCCUUGCAAGAUAACCGGAACACCCAAGAGUUUUCUGUGCUACGAAAGGAGAUGAAUCGCGUGAAAGAAGAAAAUAAAGUGUUGAGGGAAGUGGUUGAGAAAACUAUGCAGGAUUACUAUGAUCUUCAGAUGAAAUUUGCCGUGGUUCAGCAAAACAAUCACCAGGAGGACCCUCGGAUCUUUCUCUCACUCCAUGGAGAUGAACACCAGACAAUUCAAGGGAACUCGAGUAUUGUCAAAAAUCUGCAGAAACAUGGGUCGUUUCCAUUAGGAGAUGAAGAGGAUGAAGAAGAACUAGGGUUGUCUUUAAGGCUAAAAACCGGUUCUGGUCAACGAGAAAGCGAGGAAGAAGAGAACCAUGAAACCCCAAAUCUUGCUUCAGUGCAAAACAAGCUUCAUCCAAGCCAGUUGUCUGCGAUCACAGCAAGCCAUGCUGUUUCUUCACCAAAUAGGAAAGCUAGGGUUUCCAUUAGAGCAAGAUGUCAAACUGCCACGAUGAAUGACGGGUGUCAAUGGAGGAAAUAUGGUCAGAAAAUCGCUAAAGCAAACCCUUGCCCUCGAGCAUACUAUCGAUGCACAGUAGCUCCAGGUUGCCCAGUCAGGAAACAAGUGCAGCGAUGCCAAGAAGACAUGUCGAUUCUGAUUACAACAUACGAAGGAAGCCACAAUCAUCCACUCCCAGUCGGUGCAACCGCCAUGGCCGCAACAGCUUCAGCAGAAAGUUCCUUUACUUUACUCGAUUCGAGCAAUCCGGAUGGCAUCCCGAGCUUCAGUCGGGCAUCCCUCCUUCACCAAAACCCUCAUUUUAUUAACUAUCACAUGCCGUUGCCGUUGCCGUUGCCAACGGCUUUUCCUUGGAUGCCAAGCAAGCUUUCAGCAUCCAACAAUGGUGGAAAUGUUACUGCGAUUACUUCGGAUCCUAAAUUUAGGGUUGCUGUUGCAGCUGCCAUUCCGUCUCUGAUAAACAAGGAAACCCAUGCAGCAACUCAGCCUAUUCCUAUCGCCUCUUCAUCUUCUUCAAUGUCUGGUGGUAGGGAGAUAGAGAGUGGGAGCCCUAAAACCAACAAUUGGGUACUUCAAUCUUACACUGCAUCUCAUAAACACAUUCAGCCUUCUCCUUAG